AUGGGCCCAAACCUCCCCAAGAUCAUAAGAGCCGAGCUGCAGAGUGUUAUCAUAAGUCGCAUUAUCACUGGUUGCUCCAACAGAAGCGUCCGCAACGCUCGCGCCAACAUUCUAAAGCAUGGGGCCAUCGAUGCUCCUCGUGACAGAGUUGGCAAACCGAAGAAAAUUACGGCGAGUAUGUUGCUUGCCCUUAAGGCAAAGCCUGAUGAAUCUUCUGGAAUGACUUAUCAAGCCAUGGCUGAUUUUCUUAAGGAGGUGUCUGGAGUGGAGUUGAACGAACGAACUGUUGCGCGGGAAAUGAAAUGACAAAAUAUAAGAUCGCACGUUCCUGAGGAUACUGCCCCAGGGCGAGACUAGGUCCUUCGAGAGGAUUACCUGGCGAGACGAUCGGAGUACCCCAUAGACACUAUUGUCUGCGUAGAUGAAAGCGG